AUGUGUUAUCUUGGAUUAAGUUGUGGUUAUUUGGUCUUGAUCAGGGAGGAAACCAAGGACUUUUGGCUUGUGAAUCUUAUCACUAGACAUGAGCUUCAUUUCCCUCCUGCCCCUUGGGUGUGUUCUUCUGAACCAGUCUGCUCGUUUAUCCUUGUAUUUUCACCUUCAAUAUCUAAAUUGGUGUUUGUUAUGUUAGUCAAGAAGCAAAUAUGGUUUUCUAUAGCGGAUGAGGGAGCAUGGAAUCGUGUCUCAACUUUCCACUUAAAGUUUUAUAAGGAUUUACAUGCUUUUAAGGGGAAGAUAUAUACUUUACACUCUCAUAAUUAUCAUUUAUGUGAACUCACACUCAAUCCUGAGCCAAAAGUGACGUUACUGAAAACCAAGCAUCUUGUGUUAGAUAAGGUUCUAUUUUUCCCGCAGCUUGGCCUUGGAAGUUGUGGUGAAAACCUUUAUAUGAUGGAUCGCUCAAUAUAUGAUGAUGUGAUCAAUGUUUAUAAACUAGACUUUGGUGAAAUGGAAUGGGUGCCUUUUCAAGAUACAGGAGAGGAACAUGGUUUCUUUCUGAGCUACGCUUUUGAUCAUGUUGAUGCUGUAAAACCAGAGUUGUGGGCUGACCCUUGGUCACACUACCCAAGAUAUGAUGUUGGUAAUGGAGAUGGGCAUGGUAGAUAUUUUCCUGAAAGUGAGGGGUGGUAUUUCCCGCAUGAAUGUUUGAAUGCUAAUCUCUUAGAUGAAUCAUCAUGA